AUGAAUAAUCUUGAAUUUGGAUCAGAAAAUGUCGAAAAGAAGGGUCACCCUGGAGUUGUCGUGGCCCAUCUCGGCUUCCGUAUCUCUGCUCUCUUUAUUUACAUGUUCGGAGGGAUCUUCUCCAUGUCAUUUGUAACUUCUUUUGUCUUCAUUCUCCUCUGUCUGGCGAUGGACUUUUGGACAGUAAAGAAUGUAACUGGAAGAUUUCUCGUCGGUCUGAGAUGGAGAAACAACAUCGAUCCAGCGACAGGACAAUCCUCCUGGGUCUACGAAUCAAGAUCGGAAGAAGGCUUCAAACGAAAGCCAGUUUUGCCGAAUGAAUUUCGAGCUUUUUGGGGAGCACUCAUUCUUUGCCCUCUUCUGUGGGCACUUUUCGGCCUCAGUGCUCUUUUCACUCUCAAGUUCCCUUCGUUCAUUGUUUGCUUGACUGGUUUUGGAUUCAACAGCGCUAAUCUUUACGGAUACAUUCGAUGCAAGAUCGGAGGAUUUGAUGCUGUCAAGAACUACGCCAAUAAUCUUCUCGGCAAGCAAAUGCUCUCUCGGUUCAUGUCUUCCGCUCCUUCAGCACCAGCCCAAUCUGCCUAA